AUGGCAGAAAUAUUAGAAGUGACCAAUGUACCGGAGUACGAUAAUGUUAUUACAGGACUAGAGUAUCACAACCAUCAAGCUUAUAAUUCAUCGAAAUUUGAGUCAAGCGAUGAGAGUAGAAUUUGCAUUCAAUCACAAGACUUGUACACAUUACCAAGUGAAAGUGUUUUAAAUAUCGAAGGUCAAGUGACUGAUGAUAGUACUACUGAUGAUGCUGUUACAAAUACAGUCAGGUUCAUAUCGAAUGCUAUAUCAUUUAUGUUUCAUGAAAUUCGUUAUGAAAUUGGUGGCAAGGUAAUUGAUGUGAUUAAUAACGUAGGCAUCGUUAGCACUAUAAAAAACUAUCUAUCCCUAAACGAAAAUCAAAGUAAAGCUUUAGAGAAUGCUGGUUUUGGUGAGAAUUUUAAAAGGGAUGCCACUGGUUACUUUAAUGUUCGUAUUCCAUUGAAAAUGUAUAUGGGUUUUUUUGAAGAUUAUCCUAAAAUUCUUGUAAACAUGAAACAAGAAAUCGUUAUUGUUCGUGCAAAUGAUGAUAUUAAUUGUUUUACCUCAACUGUCGCAACAAGCAAACCUAAAAUUAAAAUCAACAAAUUAGAAUGGUGUGUUCCAUACGUUAAAGUGUCUGAUAAAAUGCGAGUCAAAUUAUACAACUUAGUCAAUCAAAAUGAUGAUUUGAGGUUAUGGUUUCGAUCAAUGGAAUGUCUACUUAUACCAGAACUACCAUUAACUGAUAGGCAUGUGUGGAGUGUUAAAACUAGUGUAGAAUGUCCUAACUAUGCUGUUAUCUGUUUCCAAACAAAUCGUGACCGCAACAUUUUAAAAGAUUCCAGUCAGUUUGACCAUUGUAACAUCACAAAUUUGAAAGUCUAUUUAAAUGGUGAAGCAUACCCAUAUGUGAAUUUGAAUCUAAAUUACACGAACAAGCAAACAGCAUUACUGUAUGAGAUGUAUUGUAAUUUUCAAAAAUCGUACUAUAGACGCUCUAUAACAGAACCAUUGCUAGAUAAAGAAACGUUUAUAAAUAAAUCACCUCUAUUUGUCAUUGACUGUUCUAAGCACCCAGAGUCACUUAAAUCUACAACAGUGGACUUGCGCGUCGAGUUUGAAGCUAGUGCUAAUUUCCCAGCGAAAACGCGUGCGUAUUGUAUAGUGUUCCAUGAUCGAUUAUUUAAAUACAAUCCACUUACAAAUAUUGUGAAUAGAGUAGUUUAA